AAUGUUACCUAUAGAUAUGGUUUCACAAGUUCCUUUCGAAUAUAUGCAUCUGGUAUGCUUGGGAGUUAUGAAGAAACUUUUAUCCGCAUGGAUAUGUGGUAAAUAUACACGUUUUUCAAAGUUAUCAGCAAGAUCCAUUGCUAUAAUAUCUCAAGGAUUAGAGAAUCUUAAAACAUAUUGUCCAUCAGAAUUUGCAAGACGUCCUAGAGCAAUUCAUGCAUUUACUAAAUACAAGGCAACAGAAUUUCGUCAAUUUCUGCUAUAUACAGGUCCAGUAGUAACGUAUGGUGUUCUGAAUCAACAAGUAUAUACUCAUUUUUUGUUUUUGCAUACUGCCAUAAGAAUAUUGGUAUCCACUGCACCGUCAAAAGCAUAUUUAAACUUUGCUGAACUUGUUCUACAAAAAUUUGUUGCUCGAUGUGAGAAUCUUUAUGGUUCAACAUUCAUUUCAUAUAAUGUGCACGGUUUUCUUCAUCUCACAAAUGAUGUGCGGCAGCUAGGCCCCCUUGAUUCAUUUUCUGCUUUCUCAUAUGAAAAUAAUAUGUCAAUUUUUAGAAAAUACUGUAGAAAACCUAACUUUCCUCUUCAACAGUUUUCCAAUAGGAUGGCAGAGAUGGAAGCUCGUGAAACAAAUUUACAUCGUACCCAAAUUCAUUUUUCCAAACUCAUUGAUUCUUCUACGCAAGUAUGUGCAGCGUAUAAUGGAGGUCCUCUUCCGCCUAAUGUUAAUCCCAACAGCUGUCAGUAUCGUAAAUUAGUAUUCAAUGGAGUUUUGUUCAGUUUGGAUAUACAAAAUAAUUGCUGUAUUUUACACGAUGAAUCGAUUUGCCUCAUUGUCAAUAUCUUCAUGGACAAAGCCAUAUAUUAUUUGGUUGUAAAGAAAUUUCAAAAGGUAGAUUCAUUCUACGAUGUUGGUAUUUCGUCUUCAGAAAUUCAAAUAUAUAAAUGUUGCGCAUUAAGUAGUGAGAUUUUUUGUAUCCAAGUAAAUCAAGUACGCAUCAAAUGUUAUAAAAUGCCUUAUUGGGGUAGUUCAUCAAUAGUAGUAGUGAUGAAGAUGAGCCAGAAGUUAGCGAGUAUGUAGUUGCUGCAAUUAUACAUACAGAUGAUCUAUAAAAUAAUAAUACUGCAUUUAGCUGUUCUCUUAGAUAUAAUAUGCAGGAAGGAAAAUAGAAUCCACACGCACAGGAUGAUUAAUAAAAUACAGAUGCUCUCUACAUUUCUGCGUUUGACAAAACAGGAAUUAUUUUUAAAACAUAAAAAUAUAUAUGAACUGUUUUGCAUAUAAUGAUUUUCUUGACUGCUCUAUACAACGACUACUCUACUGAAAAAAAAGAUAUGGAGAAGGAGAAACGUCCCAAACGGACUGUCAUCAAACCGCGACGAUAUCAGACGACAUCUUCGGACGAGGCGGAUUCAGGGAGAAGAACAUUCGUGGAGCUACAGAGCAACCAAUUAGAAGACGAUAUUGCUGAGUUACGGGGAGUAUUAGAAAAUAAUUCUCCCGAUAUUGAUAUGCAUGCUCACUCUAAUCAUUCACUUACUUACACACCUUUAAUUGAUCACACCAAACAUGCCAAUAAUACACCACACACUAGUGACACAACACAUUUAUUGACUUAUACACAACCAACUGUCAAUCAUACAACACAAGCAUUCUGUCCCAAUGAUACAACUUAUUCAUUAGCUUACACACAACCAUUAACUACUAAUCACACAACACAAGCACCUUUCAUGCAUGAUAAAUCACAAUCAUUAUCCCACGCACAAAACUUUCAUCAUACAACGCAAACAUUCACACACGAACCACAUGCGUCUGUUACUCAUACACAAACACACACACAACAUAUUGGUAACAGAUUAAAUACAUCAUAUAACACUCAGUUACACACUUCAAAUACUUGGCCGAUUGAAAUUCGUCGCCUGCCAAGCCCUGCACCAUCAUCAUCGCGAGCUCCAGGAACAGGAGAAUUUUAUGAUAUGAGACCAGAAAUUCAGAGGCCAAAGAGCACAAGAGCACAUGACCUAUGGAGCGACGAACACGAUGAAAUGGUCCAAUCAGAAGAAAAUUAGGCAUACAGGAAGCGGAAAAAGAAGAUGACAAACAAAUGAGGACAAAAGGGGAAGAAGGAAGAGAAAAAUCAAUCGACGAUUUUCAGCGCCAAUUGGCACUUUUCAUUGGCCAAAGCGGCACUGAAAAGUGCCACAUUUGAAAUUAUCGAACGAUGAAAUUCGCCUCGAUUCGCAUAUCAUAUCGGUACUUUUAAGUGCCACUAACGGGAAACCAUCUUUUUUAUAUUGGCACUUCUCAGAGCCAUGAUUUAAAAAUGCUCUUUUUGUAUAUGGAUGAUUCCACAUCAAAUCGGACAAAAAUCAACCAUUUUGAUCUCUUAUUUUUUAAAUCGAUCGAAACCUUUUUACAUAUGCACGUGAAAAAAGUUUCAAUCAAUUUAAGAAAUACGAGGUUAUUUUUAUUCAAUUUGAUAUGGAAUCACCU